GGUACUCAGUCCCUCAACAGACUAACAUUCCGUAUGCGCAUGCGCUUUAUCUUAUAAUUAUCCCCCUAUUAUUAGCAGCAUGUCAAAAAGAUGUGAUAUUAAGGAUAUUGAUGAUGAUGCAAUAUAUCCAAUGCCCAAACGCUGUUGUCUAUCUCAAGCCUAUGACACCGAUUAUCUUUCAUCCUUAAGCGACGAAGUGUUAUUACACGUACUAUCUUUUCUAUCCGUACCAUCCUUGCUUUUAUGUCAGAGUGUGUCCCGUCGCUUCCAUGAUCUAGCCGGAGACUCGGAGCUAUGGAAGCGACAAUACUACUUUCGUUGGGUACGGCCUCGAGUGCGUCGUUUAGGUGUGAGACAUGCCACUCCUCAUUUUCCACAUAUUGGGUACUCGCCCAAAGUGUCUACAUGGCUCGACCACGGUCAUCUAGCGAAAGAAGGCAAAGUUACAAACUGGAAAAGACAGUAUCGUCUUAGGCACAACUGGUCUAAGGGUAUCUGCCGUGUCACUGCAGUCGAGCUAUCCCAACCCCCAAAACCGCCUGUGUUGGUCAAGUUUUGCGCUGGGCUUAUUUUUACAGCAGACUCCGGCCAUGGACUUAGGGCUUGGCACGCGGACAAUCCAGAAUCAUGUUCAGCAAAUGUACCGUUCACGGGCUCCGAGUCACAAGCGCCUAUGGUGCCGACCUCAUUGACAGCAUCAUACUGUCCACAGCAAGGUGUGGUGAGGAUAGCCGUCGGAUUUGAGAGCGGUUGUUUCAGCGUAUAUAAUAUGGAUACUGGAGCUUUGCGAUUGGAGUUACGGUUUACUCAUUCUAGCUCCGCCGACGGGGCAAUAAUCGGGAUGGCUUCUUCGUUCCCUUAUGUUCUAAUGGUUUCUCGACGCAAUGCGUUAUCAUUAUUUAUGGUUUCAUCCAUGAACGAGAACUCGGAUCAGGCCCCUAGUGAGUUGACAGAGGAGGCCUAUCUCCUUACAACUCUCAAAGCUGAGAGCAUACUGGGACCAAUGUCAUUAUCUGUGCGAAUUGCAGGCUCAGAAAUCAUAUCGUCCAUAGUGUACAGUUUUUACCACACCGGAUGUGGUUGGUCAGUAGGGAUCCAAGAACUGCACUUCGAUGAAGGUGGUCAGCAGAUCAAUUCACGACUCACGACUACGGUGGACUGUCAGUACGGUAUAGCACCUUCUCACUUUUCUAGCCGAGCAACUAGGCAGAACCGACCCUCAUCGAAUGGAGACCUGUACGGAUGGCAUACCGAACCAUCGAUAUUACAUCGAGAACCGCCAACCUCGAUCUCCUAUUCACAUCCAUACCUCUUGACUUCUCAUGCAGACAACACUUUGACUGUGUAUCUUGUUGUUUCAACAGCGGCGAGACUCUAUGUCAAAGGAGGCCAGAGACUCUGGGGCCACACUUCAUCAGUUUCGGCCGUACAAGUCGGCGAUCGUGGUAAAGCGGUGUCUGUUAGUUCACGUGGCGAUGAAAUUAGAAUAUGGGAACUUGAACCUUUGAUCUCCCAUUUUGGAACGCAGAAGACGUUGGAGGAAAAUAGCAUCCAAGUUAGCCCCGAAAACAAGCAAUAUCGGAAGUAUGAAGCAUUUGGUGUGUUAUCUAGAGUUCCUCGUUACGAAGUUGGUGGGAGUCAGUUCCACUCUCUAGAAAAGUCUUGCGGGUUGGAUCAAAGCCACGGCAGCGUUGAAUUUGAUGACAAGCGUGUGCUUCUGCUUCGCGAGAGGAAAAUCGGAAACCAGCUACUUGAAUUUUACGACUUCACAUGAAUUUUAUUUUAUAUACACCGAGUAGAGAGGCAGGAGAAGAGUGACAGGUGCAUCAUCCCAAAUCCAAAAAAAAAAAAAAAAAAAAAAAAAAA